AUGGAUCGAUACAGGGCAGCGCUUUUAGCUGCUAAAGAAACCGAAAAGAAAAUCAAGGCUUUGACGGAGUCAGAAAACGGCGAUGAGAAUGAGUCGGUAUUGGCAUGCGGUAAAAUCGUACCUGAUACAAAGAACAAUUGUGAGGUGUCGGCUGCUUCUUUAUGGCUCAAAGGGAAAAGGAUGAUUCUACAUUUAUUUGAAUAUUUCAAGAAAUUGUCGAAUCGACAAUGGAUGUCGAAGUCAAUCAAGAGUUGUCCCGUUGAAGAAUUGGAAGGAACUAAUACAGCAGCUUUAAUACCUAAGCACGAAACAAUUUUUACAUUCGCGGACGAAGAAAAUUGGAAAGAUUGUGCGAAGAACGAGACCGCAAAUGAACCGGGAUCAGAUGCAGUUGACGUAUAUCGGUUCAAAAUCGUUUCCAUCUCACCUAUAGUCGGGGUUGUUGCUGCUUAUUCAUUGGGGAUUAUUCAGGCUUGUAGUACAGAUCUGGCAGAAUAUUUGUUUGGGACAAUCGAAGGAACUGUAAUACCUGAGAGUGCGUUCCGUCAUACUGCGAUCUUGCUCAAGUCGACAUAUUCUAAUGAUGUAUCGAGCACCAAACUUUCCACGUCUCCCUGCGGGCCGUCUGGCAUUACCACGGUGCAUAGAGAUGGGACCGAAUUUAGUGUUGAUAUACAGAUGCGAGUAGUCGAAUAUGCUGACGAGCCGUUGCGUGCAUUAUGGAUAACCUAUGACAGAAGCCUG